AUGGCGAGCACCGCUGCUCAGCCAGCCACAUCGGCUUCCCACCCCUACACCUGCAAUACGUGUCAAGUCGCCUACAGAAACAUCGACUUGCAAAAGGGUCACAUGAAAAGCGAUUGGCAUCGAUACAACUUGAAACGUCGAGUUGCUUCGCUCCCUCCCAUCUCUGCAGACGUUUUCACGGAAAAGGUCCUACAGGCCCGAGCAGCUACCACGGCUGAAGCUGACAAGGUUCAUUUCGAGAGAGCAUGCGAGGCUUGCCAGAAGACCUAUUACAGCGAAAACGCCUACCAAAAUCACUUGUCCAGCCAAAAGCACAAGCUCAAGCUAGCCUCCUCCGGCAACCAACGCCCUGAUGAUGAGACAACAUCAGUUGUUAGCUCGACUUUCACAUUGGGCGAGCCUAUAGCAGUGCGUCGUGAUUCUGUCGACUCUGCUGCUGAGGCAGAGUUCAACCAAGUGGUGGAAGGUUUCCAACAUGCCAAGAUUUCACAUGAAGAGCAGCGCCCUUCGCCCGUAAAGCGACCAUCGAACCCCCAUCCCGUCUCAGAUAAGGCAACAGAUGAUGCUGCCGCCGAUAGAGAAUCAAACAACGCCACCCCUGUCCAGUCACAGUCAGAACCGACCUGGUCCUUGACAUCCUGCAUCUUCUGUAAUUACAGCUCGACAACAGUAGAUCAGAACGCUCAACACAUGGAACGCUUCCACGGCAUGUUUAUACCUGAGAAGUCCUAUUUGGUUAACUUGGACGGCCUUGUCGAUCAAUUACAGCAGAAAGUCCACCUCGGACAUGAGUGCUUGUUCUGUGGCAAGAUUAAGUCUACCGUAUUCGGUAUCCAGACACACAUGAGAGACAAGGGUCACUGCAAGAUUCCCUUUGGCACAGAAGAGGAGCAGCUGGAAAUUGGAGAUCACUAUGACUUCCGUAGCACUUACUCUGAGGAUGAGGAAGAGAUUUCGGACAGCGCGGAAGAGGAGAACGACAAGGGUGGCGCCAAGCUUGGAGCACCCCGAGCCUCCAAGAUCACCGAUGCAGACGGCAAUGAGGUGGAUGGAGAUGACGGUGAGGGUUGGGAAACUGACAGCUCUGCAUCUGGCGACGAACAAGAAGGAGGACGCACAAAGCGCCGUGAUCCAGACAUUUACAUUGAUGACUACGAACUUCACUUGCCGUCAGGGAAAUCAGUCGGCCACAGAUCCCUGAACAAGUAUUACCGCCAGAACCUGACCCAUUACCCCACACCUGAGGAAAGAGCCGAACGCUUGGCGCUUGAAAAUGGGGAACGUGGAAGCGAUGAUGAGGAUGCCGGAGCAAAUGAUCAAGUCGCAACUCGCGGUGGCCGUAGCCGAGCUAUUGUGCCUCGUGGAGCUAUGGGCAUGACCGGCGUGACCGAUGAAAAGCGACAGCUGGCCAAGAAGUCGGAAGAGAGGGGUAGAACCCGGGAGGCGGACUUCGCCAAGAAGAAGGACUACGUUGUUGGGAAGAAACUCAACAACCAGAAGAACUACUACUACCGCUUCGCUGGUGGUGGUUAG